AUGCAUGAGAUAAUUACAAUCUCAGUUUCUCAUAGAGCGAACCAUUUAGCCACACAAUUUUUCAAUACUCAAGAACAAUAUUUAUAUUUGAAAAAUGAUAACCCGGUACAAUCUUCUGUAUUUUUAAACCCAACUAUUGAUAGAUUAUCAAAGACAGUUUCAUACUCACCAAGAGCAUUAUUAUGGGACGCUAAGACAGGUACUGGUUCACUAGGGGUUCAUCAAUACUCUCAGAUAGAAGAAGAUUAUUAUGAGUUUGAUAAAGAAGAUGUGAAAAGAAACAAAAGUGUUAAAGACAAUUCCAUAAUAUUCACUCAUCCAAGAAUACCGAAAUCUGAAUAUCAAAGUGCAUUAGAUACAGGAUUAACUUUGCCUUCUCUGACACCUCAACUGGCCAAAUAUUGGUCUGAUUAUUCAAAAUUAAUUUAUCAUCCAACAAGUUUUAAUACACUGAAAGAUUGGUAUCAUGAUACUGAACAACCAAAUAAACCAGAUUUUCAAAAUUUAGGUGAAAGAAAAUUUGAUGAUUAUAAUAUUGGGUAUACGGAAUUUAAAGAAUCUUAUUCGAUGGAUUUUUUUGAUAAUAAUUUACAUUAUCAACUAGAAGCUUGUGAUACGUUACAAGGUUUUAAUCUAGUAACCGAUUUUGACAAUGCUUGGGGUGGAUUUUCAUCGUCUUUACUUGUAGAGUUAAAAGACGAAUUACCUAAAAGCUCUAUUUUCACUUAUGGGUUUAAUGAAGAUGAUCCAUUCACUUUAGCAAAAGACACAUUAUCUUUGCGUUUAACACCAUCUAUGAUUCCAAGAGUACAUAAUAAGAUUAGGGCUACAAUGACUCUCAGUGAAGAAUCUGAUCUUCUAUUCCCAUUAUAUGUCGAUUCUAAACUAUCUAAUUGGGAAAAUGCAGGUUUUAGCAAUAGAAUAUUCGAUUCAAUUAACUCCAUAUUUUGUCAAAAUAAUGCAACUCAACGUAAAAGCAUGGAAUAUUUAUCAACUUUAUUGAAAAAUGAUGGAGAGAAUGAUAGAAAUAUUAUAUCAAAAAUAAUUGAUUAUAAUAAUAUAGACAAUCAAAAAACUGAUCAUUCCUACCAAUCAAAAAUAUUGCCAUACAAAAACAGUCCAAAGGAUUAUCAUGAAUUUUCCAAAUGCUUAAUUGAAAGAGCAUUGUAUAAUAAAUCUGAAAAGAAAGAGGAAAAUGCGGAAUCUAUAAUGUCUAAAUUCAACACAGUUUAUACUUAUCCUUAUAAUGUAACAGAUACAAUCCCUACAGCUCUUGUCAAGGAUAGAGCAAAAGAUGAAUUUGAAUUGAAAUUAUCAAUGGAUGAAUAUAGUAGAAAUAUUUAUUUAUAUUGGUCUGAAAUGGUUAGUAAAUAUUUUAAAAAUGAUCCAGAUAGAGAAGAUUUGAAAGAUCAAUUAGCGAAUAAAGCUUCGGCUUAUGAAUAUGGGUGGUAUGAUGAUGAAGAUUCAGGAGAUGACUAUUAG